AUGGCUGCAAACAUCGAUAUCGACAGUAGUCCAGCUUUCGCGCGCAUACCACCAUGGGUAAAGGCCAAGCUUCGCCCAAUCGCAAUUGAGAAGAUCCAACAGGUUUACGACUGGGUAGAGACGGAAUGUAUACCUGCUGAGCGCAUCUACAAGGCCCAAUUGAAAGAUGGCAAGACGCGAUGGAAUACGCCCGCCAUUAUCCACGACCUGCGGAAGAAGGCGAAGGCACAGGGACUAUGGAACUUGUUUCUGCCCAAGCAUUUUGUCGAGAGUCCAGGUCUGACAAACCUGGAGUACUCAUGCUGUGCUGAAAUCAUGGGGAGAGUGUACUGGGCGGCACAGACGAUGAACUGCCACGCCCCCGAAACUGGCAACAUCGAACUCCUCGCAAAAUACUGCACCCCAGAGCAAAAGCAAAAAUGGCUACACCCCCUCAUGAACGGCGACAUGUCCUCCGCAUACAGCAUGACCGAGCCCGACGUCGCCUCCUCGGACGCAACCCAAGUAGGCAUAAAGAUGGAAAUCACCGACACCGAAGUUAUAAUCAACGGCCGCAAGCUCUACGGCAACUGCCAAUACAACCCCGAAAUGCAACUCUUCAUCCUAAUGGGCUGUUCCGACCCCCACAACCCCAACGCCUGGAACAGACACACCACGCUCGUCGUCCCCGCAAACACGCCUGGUCUAACGCAAAUCCGCAACUUGACGAUCAUGGGCUACGACUGGGCGCCCGAAGGCCACGGCGAAUACGUCUACGAAAACGUACGCGUGCCUCGCGAAAACAUCAUACUAGGCCCCGGCCGCGCUUUUGAAAUCGCUCAGGGACGUCUCGGCCCCGGUCGCAUACACCACUGCAUGCGGCUGAUCGGCCAGGCGGAACGCGCCUUCGAACUCGCCCUCGUGCGCUGCAUGGAGCCGCGGAAGAAACCGCGGGGCAAGUUCAUCGGCGAGUUCGACAGCAAUAUAGAGCGGAUAGCGGAUAUGCGCAUGACCAUUGACGCCAUGAGGUUGGUUGUGCUGAACGCGGCUGAUACCAUGGAUUUGCAGGGGAAUAAGGCGGGGAAAUAUGCUAUUGCUCAAAGCAAGAUUAUGGUGCCGAAUGCGCUGCUCAAGGUGAUUGAUGAGGCCAUGCAGAUUUAUGGCGGACAAGGGCUUACGCAGCAUACGCCGUUGCCGGAGCUAUGGACGUACGCGCGGUUUGUGAGGGUGGCGGACGGACCGGAUUCGGCGCAUAGACAUCAAGUGGGAAGGGAGCAGAUGAAGACUGCGGGGGCGUUUAGGGAGAGGGCGAAGGGGUAUACGGAGAGGUAUAGGGAGUUGUGUGAGAAGUGGGGGUUGGAGCCAGAGGUAUUCUGGGGCGUGUUGUGA